GUGAAGGCACAGCGGCCUCUGGCGGCUCCUCCCCGGUUGUGUCUCCCCCCUCCGAGGGCGUGCGCCACGGCCCCUCACCGGCUGACGUCAGGCGGCAGCGGCCGUCGAAAGGGGGCGUGGCCUUGUUCUGCUGCAGCGGAGAAAUAUGACAUGGGGCUGAGCGAGAGGGAGAGGGAGAGUGAGACAGCCUGAUAGGAAUUAACGGUUCGUCAGAGGUCUGGACUGAAAACCUGAGGAUGGGGAGUAAUGACUGAAAACACAACGGGUUCUCUGCAUCCCCGGUGUCUUCCUCUCUUCUACUGCCUCUGAAGCCAUGGACUAGAGCUACAUCUGGUCCUGACAGUCCCGUGGUCAUCAGAUGGCUUCUCAACAACCCUCAGCAAAAAUACAGAAAAUGAGAACGUGAAGGCUGGCGUCCACCAAGGCCACCGCUGCACCUUGGGCAGCGCACACACAUGAUCACAUGACUCUGGACAUGGACGCGGUCCUGUCAGACUUUGUUCGGUCCACUGGGGCAGAACCGGGUCUGGCAAGAGACCUGCUGGAAGGUAAAAACUGGGACCUCAGUGCUGCUCUAAAUGAUUAUGAGGAGCUCAGGCAGGUCCACACUGCCAACCUGCCGCAGGUCUUCAACGAGGGCCGCUACUACAAGCAGCCAGAGACACGUGACACGCCCACCCAUGUCAGCAAGAUCGACAGGCCGUGCGCACAGAAGCAGGAGGACAAUGCACAAGAGAAGCGUCUGUCCCGUGGGAUCUCCCACGCCAGCUCUGCUAUCGUCUCCCUGGCGCGGCUGCAGGUGGCCAGUGAGUGUACCAGCGAGCAGUUCCCUCUUGAGAUGCCCAUCUACACAUUCCAGCUACCGGACCUCAGCGUGUACAGCGAGGAUUUCAGGAGUUUCAUAGAGAGAGAUCUGAUAGAGCAGUCCACUAUGAUGGCUCUGGAGCAGGCUGGUCGUCUGAACUGGUGGUCCACCAUGUGCACCAGCUGUAAGAAGCUGCUCCCUCUGGCCACCACAGGGGAUGGGAACUGCCUUCUGCAUGCUGCCUCUUUAGGGAUGUGGGGCUUCCAUGACAGAGACCUGAUGCUGAGGAAAUCCCUGUAUACAAUGAUGAAGAGCGGAGCCGAGAGAGAUGCUCUCAAGAGGAGGUGGAGGUGGCAGCAAACCCAACAAAACAAAGAGUCGGGUCUGGUGUACACUGAGGAGGAGUGGGAGAGAGAGUGGAACGAGCUGCUGAAGUUGGCCUCCAGUGAGCCUCGCACUCACCUCAGCAAAAAUGGCAACACCAGCGGAGGGGUGGAUAACUCUGAGGAUCCGGUCUAUGAGAGUCUGGAGGAGUUCCAUGUGUUUGUGCUAGCCCAUGUGUUACGCAGGCCAAUUGUAGUGGUGGCUGAUACGAUGCUCAGAGACUCAGGAGGAGAAGCGUUUGCUCCCAUCCCGUUUGGAGGACUCUAUCUGCCUCUGGAGGUGCCUCCGAGCCGCUGUCACUGCUCCCCUCUGGUCCUGGCCUACGAUCAGGCUCACUUCUCUGCGCUGGUGUCCAUGGAGCAGAGAGACCAGCAACGAGAGCAAGCUGUUAUCCCUCUGACUGACUCGGAGCACAAGCUGCUGGCACUCCAUUUUGCCGUGGAUCCUGGCAGGGACUGGGAGUGGGGGAGGGACGACAAUGAUAAUACCAAACUAGCCAAUCUCAUCCUGUCUCUGGAGGCCAAACUCAACCUGCUGCACAACUACAUGAAUGUAACAUGGAUCCGAAUCCCAUCAGAAACAAGGGCUCCCUUGGCUCAGCCAGAGUCUCCGACAGCCUCUGCAGGUGAGGAUGUCCAGUCUCUAGCUGAGUCCAUGGACUCUGACCGCGAGUCUGUCGGCAGCAACUCUAACGUCAACAACGGCAAGCCCAGCAAGGAGAAGGACAAAGACAAGCAGCGCAAGGACAAAGACAAGAGCCGGGCUGAUUCUGUAGCCAACAAACUAGGUAGCUUCAGCAAAACCUUGGGAAUCAAGUUGAAGAAGAACAUGGGAGGUCUGGGUGGCCUUGUGCACGGCAAAAUGAACAAAUCUAACUUUGGCUCAGGUCGUAAUGGGGAGAAUGGAGGGGAAAAGACAAAGAAGAAGGAGUCUAAAACAACCAAGGGAAACAAGGAGGAGUCGGGCCAAUCAGCCAGCUCCACCUCUUCUGAGAAGGCCACUAGUCCCUCUCCUACAGACAGAGACAGACCCUCCAGCUCCUCCCCCACGGAAAGACAGGACAGUGCAGGGAAAGUCUCAGGGGACAAGACCCUGGAAAACUGGAAAUACAGCACUGAUGUCAAACUUAGCCUCAACAUCCUGCGGGCUGCCAUGCAGGGGGAGCGCAAGUUCAUUUUCGCAGGCCUCUUGCUCACCAGCCAUCGACACCAGUUCCACGAGGAGAUGAUCAGCUACUACCUGACCAACGCCCAGGAGCGCUUCAGCCAAGAGCAGGAGCAGAAGAGGAAAGAGGCCGAGAAGAAACCCCCUGCCAACAACGAGGUGGCUGUGAAGAAGCCUGAGCAUGAGAGUGUCUUCCAGAGGGAGAGAUCGGACAGCUCGCCUCUGGAGAGCUGCUCUCCCGUCCUGCCCCACCACACCCACACCUACAACCACAACUCACAGCCUCCACUGGGUCUCAAGAUGCAGGGCAGGAACAGUCCCACUCCUGCAGCCCCUCUUGUCUCGGUCCCAGUCCCUCCUCUCACCCCGCCAACAGCCUCCCACCACGUCUCCCACCCAGCCCCAGCCCCUGCGCCUUACUCUUCCCCCAGUAUUGGUGCUAAGAGACCUGGGCCAGUUCCUGUGUCCGCCCACUACAGCCAUACACCGCCCAUCCAGAGGCACAGCGUGAUUCACUUACAAGAUGUCAACAUGCAAUCCUCCAUCUUCCAAGAUGACCCCUAUAAGCCCGUGGUGGGCACCUUAAAGACAUGCGCCACCUACCCCCAGCAGAACCGCACACUCUCAUCCCAGAGUUACAGCCCUGCUCGCCUGUCAGGGGUCCGCACUGUUAACACCAUAGAGACACUGUCCUACAACAUGCCUGGUGAACACAAGUCCCACACCUACACCAAUGGAUUUGAUGCGGGAGACAUUCAGGACUGCCUGGAGUUUGCUGAUGAGGACAACUCGUCUCACACCUGGCUCAACCAAGACAAAACCAAAGGGCGGAGCUCUGGAAGCCCUUUGUACUGCUUUCAGCAGCGCCGCUGCAAGAGAGAGAACUGCUCCUUCUACGGUAGGCCAGAGACAGACAACUACUGCUCCUAUUGCUACAGAGAGGAGCUGAAACGCAGGGAGAGGGAGAGCAAAGUGCAGAGGCCUGCAUAG